AUGCCCAAGAAACAGGCGACCUCAUCCGAUGUUCUGAAUACUGUCAAAUCCGUUGAACAAAUUCUCAAGGACUACGUUCAAAAUGUCCUCAACAUAAAACCCGAUUUCUCUCACGCACAAGUCCAGUCGGCUCUUGGUUUACACCCUCUAGUAAAAGACCAUUUCGGCGGAAUUUUGAACAAGGUGCUCGAGAUUUUGGCCGAACUGGGUGCCAACGGCGGCUCCGACGAGUUCAAAAAGGCCAUCAAGAAGGAUAUUAAGCAGUGCGAGAAAGAUGCUAAGGAGGAAAAGCAUGACCCAGAACGAAAGCAGAACCUUCUGAACAUGGCCAAGGAAGCGAAAGAGGGAUUUAAUUCCGUUAAGAGUUGCCUGGAUACCCUGGAGAAGCUUUACGGAAAGUUACUUAUUGGAUCAAUCUUCAGAGAGACUGGAAAGCAGGUCAAACUCGACGAGGAUCUCGCAAACUACAAAGACUUGAAGGUCAAAGUCGAGUGA